AUGGACAGCUCCUCGACGCCGCUCGCCGACUACUUCUGGAUCGCCGGCAUAGAGUCCAUCUCCUACCAGGACUCUACCCCGCAGCCCCCCUCCAACCUCGAGUCCACCAUCGCCGAGGACAGCGAAUAUGAGGAGAGCGACACCGAGCUGAAUGCCACUCCGAGCAAGCGAGUGGCUCGCCAUUCCAGCGUCGGCCGUCAUUCCAGGCAGAACUCGGGCGGCCGCACCUCCAAUGGUCGCUUUUCCAUCCACACCUUGGAUGAGGUUGACGGGAACACGCGAAGCAACCGGAGCAGCGCUACGAUUCGUCCCUCCCAUGCCAGUCAGAUCAACGGCUCCUCCGGCGGCGGCAAUGGUCUCAACAUCUUCAACGGCCUGCCCGGCCUCAACGGCUUGAAUGCCGAGGGUCAAUUCAUCGAGGGAUUCGACUUUGACAAGGCCUUGCUCAAGUUCGCCGCCGAACGGGAAAAUUUCCUGGAGGACUUGUCCUUUAGCGCUGGUGCCAGAACGCAGGCCAGGCCCCCCAUGGUCAACCCGAGAGCCGAGCGCAUCAAGGCCGACGAGGGCGACAUGAGCGGCCGGAGGAGCCCCUUACGCAGCAUCGAGAGGAGCAUUAAGGGCAGCAUCCGCCGGAAAAUAAGUUUCAGGGACAUGAACAGCAUGCGCAAACAGCCUACCACUCCUCGAGCAAGCACGCCCGGAGCCGGUACGAUCCCCCGCCAAGGUCCACUACCCUCCUCUGUAGCGCAAUCCUCAAGUCCUUUCCGGUCGACUAACUCCCUAGCUCCAGCUUCAAUUAGGACCACUAAGCGCUUGAGCAACUACAACUCUGUCAUCCCCCCUCCGGAACCCCUGAAUACGGACCCAGACAUGCACCCACUCAAAAGACGCUUCGAGCCCGUGUUGCUGGACAGAUACCCGGCCAAAGACGCGACAGACGAGAUCAGCCGUCGUGGCAGAUUUCCCGACUAUGUUCCCAUGUUUGCUUUCCCCAACGACAUCCAUAUCGUGUCUUCGGACGAGCGACCCCGUUCCACCUGGCACGGCUUCACGAUGACUUCGGAUGACAACUCCAAGAUCUAUGGUAUCACCAUCAUCAUUUGGACUGCUCUGACGUCCGAGGUUGCAGAUGAGGUGGAGACGAGGUGUGAACAGUGGCGCCAGAGCCACAUGUCCAACGAGGAGCGCGAGUUGGCGGCCAGUCUUGGUGUGCGACUUGCAGCCGAGCGUGCCCACCUUUCUCAGCUCCUCGCGAAGCUCCCCACAGUCCCCUCGGGGUCAUCCGCCCGAGAUAUCCUGGACGAUCAGAUCAGUACCGUGGAAGAGAAGAUCAGUCUCAUGACAGAAAUGUUGAGACCCCUGCGCCACGGUGCCGCAUCCAAGAUUGACGGCUUGACUGCUGGCGAGAGCGGUUUGUGGGCCCCCAGAGCCUACGGCAUCCUGGGAAGAGACGCCACAAGAAUGUCGUUCUGGAAAGAGUGGCUGCGAGCCGUUGUCGUGCCGAUGACCGACGGCGCCGUGCUACGGGUACCGCCUAGCUCCCCCAAAGUCGGCCGCUGGCAACCCCUUGAGCGAUAUGUCGUCAACCUUUGUACCGAGGCAUUCAGCCCGCUGGCCUCCAAAACGCAGGUUGAGCUGGGCGUGCGGGAGCUGCGCCUCUAUUGCCGAAAGGAGGCCAUAAAUGAGAUACCGGGGGCGAGGACCAUUGACAUCUACGCCCUUUUCAGGUGUCUGUCCAUGGAGAAUAUUGUUGCUCUUUUCGAGUAUGCCAUGUCCGAGUCGCGUAUCAUCUUCAUGUCCUCCCACACCGGCAUGCUCCACCUGGCAUGUCACGCACUGGUCAACCUGUUGUAUCCCCUUAAGUGGGCGAGCAUCUUCAUUCCCGUGCUUCCCGCUCGUCUCAUCUCCGCCCUGGAGGCGCCUUGCCCCUACAUCGUCGGUAUUGAGCGACGGUAUGAGAAGAUCGAGCUGCCAGACGACGAUUAUGUGUUGGUCGAUCUGGACAUGGACACGAUCGAUGCCACUGCGCAGCCGGUCCGCCUGCCGCGGCAGCACCGCCGCAAGCUCCUCUCCUUGCUGCACGUGGCUGCCCCGCAUCACAUCCGGUACGGAGUAACUACCGGUCCCCCACCAUACGCGAUGGAGUCGUACCCGUACGAUGCCUUUUCGGUCGAGAACGACACGCUGUUCAACUCGAGUGUUGCCUCGAGCUCCCUCGGGAAAUGGGUUACACAGAACUCCUCGUCGUUUGGAGAGCCAGAAGCACCAAACUCGGUGCGACCUCCCAUCUUUAAUGCCUUUUUGCAUUCAAAGUUCGGCGAGCACAGCAAGUCAGACCGGCCCGACACCAGCAAGUCCGGAAAAACCAGCCCGCAAUCCUCUGUUUCGCCGGUGUCCAUGAGCUUCCCGCCCAUGCCAACGACGCCUGUGUCACGAAGUGACUCUGGCUUCGCCCAGACUCUGAGAGAAAAGAAAUCCGGUCACUUUGACGAAAAGUCUCGGCGCAGCUCGUCCUUCGGGAUGGACAAGCACCCGCCGCUGCAUCGACCAAGCUUGCCUUUUUUGAACGGCCACAACCCUAGCAUGUCGGUAUCCGCCCUCUCUGUCGACUCGCAGUCUUCGUAUGGAGGCUACACGCCUGGGUAUGCGCCGUCGGCCUACGCCCAGUCCACGCUGGCAGCAUCGACCAUCAUGCCUAAUAUGCUGAUCCAGCCCGUGAGAAAUACCGAUACCAUGGUCUGGGUGGAGGGACAUUGUUUCAACUGGAUCCCCCACGACAUGUCGUCUACCUGUUCGGUCUGCGACGAAAGGUCCGAGGGAGACGGCAUUUACCAGUGCUCCCACUGCGAUGGCUAUGCUCACAACCGCUGCCUUGGACAGGUCUCGGUAGUGUGCAAAGAAGCAUUUCACGCGGACCGCGUGCGAGCCGCCUUCGUCCGAUGCCUCGCCAGCUUGCUGUACACCUACAGGAAGCACCUUGGCCGUCCCACCCGGGAGCAAAAGAGCAAUGGGCAGCUUUAUUCCUUCGACAUGAAUGGUUUCAUUAAGAGUCUUCCUUACGACCAACAGGAAUAUGCUACCAUGUUGAGAGAUACUCAAGCUUUCAACGAAUUCAUUCAUGAACGAGAGACUCAGUCAGCAUCUCACUCUUCGAUCCGUCUCUUCGACGAGAUCAUCAUGGCGAAGAAGGCCCGAGGACGGCCGGGGCUUUCAACGGGGUUCUCACGUCUUUCGACCAUCCGCAUGUCCCACGGCGCAUCGAGCAACGCCUCGGGCUUUGCUGCACCAUCAAAGCUCAAGAUACCCACUUACCUGGGCGACACUUCCGAUCACAUGUGGCGGACGGCUUCGGUGCCCGUUCCCAGCGCUAAAUUCCCGGGCGAGUAUCACACCGUUGUCAGUCGGGUUCCCGCGAAGCUGGACACCAGUCUGAUGAGAGAGCCUCGAGCGAUCCAGGGCGUCCCUCGAGCCGAGCAACGGACACGGGGCCUCAUCCGGAAGCAGGUUCCCAGCAUGGUCGGCAGUCCGCCUAACUGA